GCCGGGACUGAGAGCGCCGCGGCGCCGAGACACGGCUCCGAGAAGAGGGCGAGGGAGCGGGAGCGGUGCCGGCCACGGCGCAUGAUGUGGGUGCCGCUGCUGGCGUGCCUCACCGCGGGGAUCGUCUCCGUGCCCAGGUGCCAGCGCGGCCCCGGAGCCCUGCUCGGGGCGGCCCGGCUGCUGGCGGCCGUGCCGGGACUCUGCCAGCGCUCGGAAAACAGAUGUGCCACUUCAAAUGCAGUAACAUGCACAAAGUGUCUUGCUUUGGGCCCAGAGUGUGGAUGGUGUGCUCAAGAGGAUUUCAUGGCUGGCACAACACAGAAGGGACGCUGUGACACUGUUUUCAACUUAAUGAAAAGAGGCUGCCAAUCAGAUUUGGUUGAAAACCCCACGGUUCAUGUCACAAUACCUAGUGACCACGAAACAAAUACACAAGUGACACCAGGAAAAGUUUCAGUCCAACUGCGUCCAGGAACUGAAGCAAACUUUAUGUUAAAAGUUCGCCCUCUAGAGAAAUACCCUGUGGAUCUUUAUUAUUUAGUUGAUGUCUCAGCCUCUAUGCACAACAAUAUAGAAAAGUUAAAUUCYGUUGGAUUUGCUUUAUCUAAGAAAAUGGAGAAUAUUUCUCUUGAUUUUCGACUUGGAUUUGGAUCCUAUGUGGAUAAAACUGUGUCACCCUAYAUUAGCAUUCAUCCAGGUAGAAUCCAUAACCAGUGCAGUGAUUACAAUUUAGAUUGUAUGCCUCCUCACGGUUAUAUUCAUGUGCUAUCCCUGACUGACAAUAUAGCAGAAUUCAGAAAUGCAGUGAAUAAACAAAAAAUUUCUGGGAAUAUUGAUACACCUGAAGGGGGUUUUGAUGCAAUGCUCCAAGCAGCUGUGUGCCAGAGCCAUAUUGGAUGGCGUAAAGAAGCAAAGCGACUGCUUCUUGUGAUGACAGAUCAAACUUCCCAUCUGGCMCUUGAUAGUAAAUUAGCAGGAAUUGUAAUUCCCCAUGAUGGAAACUGUCAUUUGAAAGAUAAUGUGUACAUCAAAGCUACGAGUAUGGAGCAUCCAUCUCUUGGGCAGCUUUCUGAAAAAUUGAUUGACAAUAACAUCAAUGUUAUUUUUGCAGUUCAAGGAAGCCAGUUUCAUUGGUAUAAAGAUCUCUUACCUCUCUUGCCUGGUACUAUUGCAAGACAAAUAGAAUCACAAGCAGCAAAUCUCAAUGAUUUGGUGGUGGAAGCCUAUCAGAAACUGAUUUCUGAAGUGAAAAUUCAAGUGGAUAACCAGAUCCAAGGUCUUCAUUUCAAUAUCACUGCAAUCUGUCCUGAUGGAAGUAAAAAAACUGGCAUGGAAGGAUGUAAAAAUGUGGGAUAUAAUAAAGAAGUACUUUUCAAUGUUUCAAUUACAAUGAAAGGAUGCCACACAACUGGAGCAAGAAAAUACGCCAUACUUAAGCCUAUUGGUUUCAAUGAAACCGCCAUUGUCAAUGUGCAGCAAAGCUGUGCCUGCCAGUAUGGAGACAGCACAGGGCACAAAAGAGUGUGGGCUGAUGAAACCUCUCCUGACAGCAAAGAGUCCCACUGCAGUGACAAUAACUGUAUUUCUAACAGAGACACACUUCCCUCAGAGGGGUGCAGGCAACACCAGGACCAGCCCAUCUGCAGUGGUCAAGGAAAUUGCAUAGAUGGAAAAUGUUUCUGCUACAAAAACAAGCUAGGCAAGGUGUACGGCAAGUACUGUGAAAUGGAUGAUUUUUCCUGCCCAUACCACCAGGGAAACUUAUGUUCUGGUCAUGGUGAAUGUGAAGGUGGUAAAUGCAAAUGCUUUGCUGGCUGGGAAGGUGAUCGCUGUGAGUGCUCAUCACAAUCAGCACAGCACUGCCUGAAUUCAAAGGGCCAGAUUUGCAGUGGAAGAGGAAAAUGUGUAUGUGGAAAGUGUGAGUGCACAGAUCCAAGAAGCUUUGGCCGUUCCUGUGAAUAUUGCCCGACUUGUAACAARGCCUGUGAAGAAAACCGGAACUGUGUUCAGUGCCAUCAUUCUAACAAUGCAUCUCAAGUAAUACUUGACCAGUGCACAACCUCAUGUGCUUACCUACUGCGUUACAUUGACCAUACUUCAGAUUGCUUCUCUGGACGAAGCUACUUUAGAGUCUUUUCCAUAAUCUUUAUAGUUACCUUUCUGAUCGGGUUGCUUGUUGUCCUUAUCAUCAGGCAGAUAAUUCUGCAGGGGAGUAGCAAUAAAGUUAAAUCUUCAUCUGAUUACCGAGUAUCUACAACAAAGAAGGAUAAGAUGUUUUUGCCUACAGUUUGUACAAGAACAGUAACAUACAGACGUGACAAACCGGAGGAAAUAAAUAUCGACAUCAGCAAGUUGCGAUUAAAUGAAACUUUCAAGUGUGAAUUCUGAAGACUGCAAAUGUCUUAUUUCCAUCAUGCUCGACUUUUAAAAAGUUACCUUUUGUACUCYGUGGAGUUUUGACUGUUGUCAUAUGGUUCUGUGUCAUGCAUUUUGUUGAAUACUGUAACAAAGUGACCUGUAAACAUAUUCACAUURUGUGAUUAUGUUUGGAACUAUAGCUGCUGUAUUUUUUAAAUUUUUUUUGAAAGAGAAAUGUGCAUUACUACUGUUCAGAAACAUUAGUGUUGACRUAGCACUUUAGCAUAUUCUAAUUUAUUUAGUUAUGGCCUAGAAUGUAGAUACAAACCGGUCUGACAAAGCACUGAUCUCACUCUACAUGUAGCUAGUACUGAUGUGCUCUGUGGGAAUGGACAAAAGCUGUGACUGAAAUAUUGACAUUGCUGUAUAUUAUAGCAAUAGAUUAAACUAUUAAAAUGCUCUUAAAUAGAGUAAAUGGUACUUUUACAGUUCUCUCAGUCGACAAAUUCCACUGAUUUGUCUGCCUACACCUCUUAUCUUUUCCUUAUAAAAAUGAUGGGAUUAAAUGAGUGCAUARUUCCUGGUAUGGGUGUAUGUUGUGCUUGUAUACACACACGUGCCUGCACACACAGGUAAAUUAUAUAUAGGUUUUCAUAUGGAUGAUGUCACUUAAAGAAAAUUKAUGUCUGAUAAAGAGUAAAUUUUAGCUUUUUUACUUGUUUAAAUAUAAAUCCCCCAUUUUAUACAAAAUUUGAGGUAUUUGGAAACUGAGUGGCUACAGAAGAUGAGGGUUCCUCUGUCCAAAAACAUACUCURCAUGAUGAUCACUGCAAGCAGACUUCACCUUUAGAGUCAGCAGCAUCAAUUCCAUUGCAAAUAGAUAAAUUACACCAGAGCUGUGUUUGGUUCGCUAGCUACAUGUCAGUGUUUUGCCAGAUAAGGACUUUGAUCUUUUUGUAUGGUGAUAGGUAUAAAUCUGGUUUUACAYGUGCUCUUUUUCUCUCUGUAAAUUAGUUGAGAUUAGGUUUUGUAAGUUUUUUGUAAACACUUCAAGUUUGGUGACUGUGCAUUGAGAAAUGUGUCCAGUGUGAUAGGGAAAAGAACUUGAAAUUUUGAAGUAGAUGAGGAAAAUAAGAGUCCUUUUCUCAAGAGAACACAUUAAUUGACUUUAUAAAUAUGGAGCAGAUUCUCCCUUUAGAAAUGGGCAAAACUCUACCACACAUGGUGGGACCAAUAUAAGCUCAUUUGAGAGCAGAAUGUAAACUGCAAAAUCAAGCAGAAUUACUCUUUUUACCCCUGAAACCAGCUAGAGCGGUAGAAGUCUUUUUUAUUGUUAUAAACCCAUUGGAAGUGUCAGUCUGAUUUACUAACUCUCUGCUGCUGAAACCCUACAAAAAUCUGAUCGCCCUCUGAUGCAUUAAAACCUUGCUGGCAAAAUGAAAAAUCAUCUCAGAAGAUAGUGUAUCAUUUUAGCAAYAUUUAUUACUAAUACUAAAUAUUGUCACUAUUUGUCAUAUGUAAGAGUUACAGAAACAAAAAGGACUUUCUCGUGUGCAGUUUUCAGGAAUUACUUGUAUUUCCUAUUCUGUAUUUCUUCUGUAAAUUCCCACUGAAACCAGAGGAGUAUGAGGAGUGAAAGGAAGGCAGGAUGUGGAAAAAUGAUGAGUGUUUCAUGAGGGUUAAGCUUCUUGGGUAAUGGAUCAAGGGGGAUUGAGAAAARUCAUAUACAGACAAUGGGCCUUUCAUUAGUCAUAAAAGAUCUCAAGCUUAGGGAUUGUUU